CAAGCAUUCGAUCCCAGCAGCCCCACCACCACCUCCUCCAAAGCCGAGAGCAUCGAAAGCACCGCACCAGGUCGACGUCGGCCGAUCGUAGAUCCUCGAACCAUCGGUCCAUCUCGCCGAGCAUACUCUCCACCGCUGUUUAAACCGAAGAUGCCUUACGUACGUACUCCAGAGAUGGAGUUCGUAUCGAAAACCUCACGUCCCGUGGCCAGCCUAGAAAAGCCAUGAAUUAAGCGAAGUGGAAAGAAAGAAGCAGGUGUCACUGACUCAUUUUGACCGCACGAAAGCGAACAGCUGCGAGACAUGGGUUCGGCAGACCGGCACGUCUUUCUUGGUACAGCGAAAACAACGUCAGAUACAGCCUCAGGAAAAGCAUAUGCGCGCUCAUGAUUGAGCCGUUCCGUGUCGACUCACCACCCGCCUCUUCUCGAAACGAAGUCUUUCGGGUUCGCCAUAUAUCUUCGGCUCCAGAAUACACGCCCCCCGCGAAUCUAUCUCCGCUCGCGUGCGAAGAGAUCUGCCCCGCUUUCUCCUCCGGCGACACCCGCGUGCUGCCGGCGACCGAUGGCCCUCGAUCACGAGAGAGCGGAGGGCGACCACAAGAAGCUGUGGUCGCACCUGAAGAUGCCGUUUUGGCAGUCGACCGCGUCGUCGCCGUCGCCCGGGACCUCGUCGUCGGCUUCUGUGCCGUCGUUUCAGCAGAACCAGAGCGUCCACCCCGAUCACCACCAGCUCGGUGAUCAUCACUCUGCCAGCGGGGUGGCUGCAAUGGCGAAGUCUCUGCUUCCCGCCAGGCGAAGGCUCCGUCUUGAUCCUCCGAACAAGCUCUUUUUCCAACAUGAACCUGGUAAGCAGGUUAGGAGUGCCAUCGAGAUCAAGAACGUGUCCAAGACUCAUGUAGCAUUCAAGUUCCAAACAACUGCCCCCAAGAGUUGCUACAUGCGGCCUCCAGGGAGUGUACUCGCUCCCGGAGAGAAUCUCAUUGCAACAGUGUUCAAAUUCGUGGAGCCCCCCGAGAAUGAUGACAAACCAGCUAUCUUGAAGAGCCUUGUUAAGUUCAAAAUCAUGAGCUUAAAAGUAAAUGGGCAAAUGGACUAUGUCCCCGAAUUGUUUGAUGAACAGAGGGAUCAAGUGACGGUUGAGAAAAUUUUACGGGUGGUUUUCCUCGAUCCAAAGCAACCAAGUCAUUUGCUGGAAAAACUAAAGCGGCAACUGGCCCAAGCCGAAGCCGCACUCGAGACACAGAAGAAACCUGUAGAAGAGCCCGGUACUGGCCCUGUCAAGGAAGGAGUCAUAGAUGAAUGGAAGGAAAGAAGAGAAAGGUACCUGGCACAGCAGCAUCUUGAAGGUGUCGAUUCGGUUCAAAUGGAUUGAUUCUAAGCUUGCGACUUCUUCACGAGGAGACCAAAGUGCCGACGUGCCGUCUCACAGAUCUUCUGGCAACGUGAAACCAAUGAAAAGUGACUGAUAGCAGUAGUUCGGCAGUGAAAAAGUUUGAAUUUGUAGUGAGAUUAGAUGAAGCGGGUUUUGCGGUUGAACCAAUACAGUGCAGGCACCAAUGUUUCCCUUUGGUCAUGCUUGAAUUUGAAUGCAGAUUGUAUCUAAGUUGUGAUGCAAAAACCAAACUGUAUCAACAGAUUAAACUACUAGACUGCAAUUGGAGUUGGCAAGUCAAUCCUUGACCGGCUAGAAGUUUAAACUAA